GGCCUUUUCUUGCGUCCUGUUUGUUAAAGGCAUGCCAGCUACAGCAUUCAAGAGGGCCGUUCCUUAACAAAGGGAAAGAGAUAAAUGUAAAUAAGCUCACAUUUUCAGAAUGAGCAGUUUGCUGUAAGAAGCUUCGGCAGCCCAGUGUCUGCUGCUUUGGGCUGGGCUAACCUUUCCCUGUAAAAAAGAAUAAUAGAUUAAAAUAUGCACUUCUAAAGUGCGAGUUGCCCGUUUACAUGUUUAUUAGCUAAUUGUCUACAGGCAUGAGCACACUCUCUCAUCUAGCACACUCUUUCUUGGGGAGGAAAACAUUUCCUACCAGUCCUUAGUCUCAGAGUGCUGAACCCUGCAGCCAGCAGGCCUCCUGAAAAAAAUCCAUGGGUGACAGAAGAUUCAUUGACUUCCAAUUCCAAGAUUUAAAUUCAAGCCUCAGACCCAGGUUGGGCAAUGCUACUGCCAAUAAUACUUGCAUUGUUGAUGAUUCCUUCAAGUAUAAUCUGAAUGGUGCUGUCUACAGUGUUGUAUUCAUCCUGGGUCUGAUAACCAACAGUGCCUCUCUGUUUGUCUUCUGCUUCCGCAUGAAAAUGAGAAGUGAGACGGCUGUUUUCAUCACCAAUCUGGCCCUCUCUGAUUUGCUCUUUGUCUGCACUCUACCUUUCAAAAUAUUUUACAAUUUCAACCGCCACUGGCCUUUUGGUGACACCCUCUGCAAGAUCUCUGGGACUGCAUUUCUAACCAACAUCUAUGGGAGCAUGCUCUUCCUUACCUGUAUUAGCGUGGAUCGCUUCCUGGCCAUUGUCUAUCCCUUCCGAUCUCGUACCAUUAGGACCAGGAGGAAUUCUGCCAUUGUGUGUGCUGGAGUCUGGAUCCUAGUCCUCAGUGGUGGUAUUUCAGCCUCUUUAUUCUCCACCACUAAUGUCAACAAUGCAACCACCACCUGCUUUGAGGGCUUCUCCAAACGUGUAUGGAAGACUUAUCUGUCCAAGAUAACCAUAUUUAUUGAAGUUGUUGGUUUUAUCAUUCCUUUGAUACUGAAUGUCUCUUGCUCUUCUGUGGUGCUAAAAACCCUCCGUAAGCCUGCUACACUGUCUCAAAUUGGGACCAAUAAGAAAAAAGUGCUGAAGAUGAUCACAGUGCAUAUGGCAGUCUUUGUGGUAUGCUUCGUACCCUAUAACUCCGUCCUCUUCCUGUAUGCCCUAGUGCGCUCCCAAGCCAUUACCAAUUGCUUGUUGGAAAGAUUUGCAAAGAUUAUGUACCCAAUCACCUUGUGCCUUGCAACUCUGAACUGUUGCUUUGACCCUUUCAUCUAUUACUUCACCCUUGAGUCCUUUCAGAAGUCCUUCUACAUCAAUACCCAUAUCAGGAUGGAGUCUCUGUUUAAGACUGAAACACCUCUGACCACAAAGCCUUCCCUUCCAGCUAUUCAAGAGGAAGUUAGUGAUCAAACAACACAUAAUGGUGGUGAAUUAAUGCUAGAAUCCACCUUCUAGGUAUGAGAACUCUCUUUAGGUCCAGAUAUGGUUUCUUCUACGAUUUUCCUAUGCUAUGAAUAAGAGAAAAGAUUUCAAGCUAAUGAUAUUGAGAAUAAUGUACUGAAUACAGUCAGAUACAUUUAUUUGAAUGUUUAUUGUACAUAUGCUGUUUUGUUCAAUAAUUAUAGGUCAGGUCUAAUUACAACAACAAAAAGUUAUUGCCAAAUUCUUCUGCUGGGUUGGAAAUUCAUUGUACCACAUUAUAUAAGUAGACAGUAGCCUUGGAUUUAGUGAUAUGGAGAUUACUUAAAAACUUUAAAAAAUAUAUUUCUACUCCAAUAAUAUUCGGUAAUUAGGUUGGGCCUAUAAAUAUAGAACAAAUUCAGGGAUUAUUUUUUUUUAAAAAACAACCUUUUGUGUUACUACUGAUAUAUGCUAGUCUUUUUUUUUCUUUUUGAAUUGUCAUUGAGUUUAUUUUAGCAGACUAACAUAUUUUAGCUUAACAUUAUUAAUAAAAAGUAUCAAAUUUAA